UAUCUUUACGACUGAUUCUUCUCUCCGGCGGCCGUGGAACAAUGUGGUCGGCGACGCUCGCUUUCCCUUCCUUAGUGGCUUCUUCAACUUCUCUGUCAUGUUACAGAAACCGUAGACUUCCGAAGAUCCAAGCUUCGCUGUCUAAUUACCCUCUAGCGAGCAAAAUCAUGGUCAGAAAUUUGCCGUUUUCAACAAGUGAAGAUUUUCUACAAAAGGAGUUUUCAGCUUUUGGAGAGAUAGCUGAAGUGAAGCUUGUCAAAGAUGAGUCAAUGAAGAGAUCAAAAGGUUAUGCCUUUGUACAAUUCACGUCUCAAGAUGAUGCAUUUCUCGCCCUAGAGACGAUGGACCGUAGGAUGUACAAUGGUAGGAUGAUUUACAUAGACAUUGCCAAACCAGGGAAGCAUGAUUUCCAACAGCAUCCAAGGACUUCUGGUCCCCCUGAGAAGCUGCAAGUGCCAGAAGAACCGGCCAAUAAUGAAGUCGCUGAUUGCUGGUAUUAGUUGUCAAACCGGCCCACAUUAUACAUAUACUCCCUCCCUUCCCUUUUCCGUUAAGAUAGAUGUUUUAGAAAAUAAUGCUUUAAAUUUUUAAUAGGGCAAAUGAUCAAUAUGAACACAUGUUGUUUUUCUACUGAUAAACAAUCACUGACACGGUUC